AUGGCGGGCCCAGGAACCCGAGAGGUGUUGAACCUGAGGCGCCGAAGGCCUGCUGGCCGGGGCAGGGGGGCAGUCCACGGUACUCCUGGUGCCGGGACUUCAAGGGCGACCCCAGUCUCACCGCAGGAGCCUCCGGAGAAGAGGACUCGACGGGAGGGGGGAGACGGAGACGGAGACGGAGGAGGUCAGGAGACGAUCCUGAUCAAGGAGGAGCGGGAAGAGGCCGGAUGGGGGACCGAUGGAGCGGAGGAGGGCUCUUGGGUCAAUCCGAGGGAACUCCCCUGGGCUCUAGAGUUCCAGCACUUUGCUGGCCGCCCGAUCCACCAUGCCGACAGUGUCAAAAACCUCGGCGUGGCCUUCGGGAUGCUCCAAGGAAGCAUUCUUCCUAGGGACGCCCGGGCUGUCACCGGCUUGACCGAGGACAUUACGGCCGAGAUAGCUCAGGCCCUCUUCAAUGCUAAAGCUCGGGCAUUGGCCAUCAAUGACCGAUGCAAAAAGCAGGAAGAGAAGACUGACAAGCUUGCUCGGGAGCUGGCUCGGAAAGAGGAAGACCUCAAAUUGGCUUGUGAGACUUGCGAGCUCUACCUGGCGGACUUCCGAAGGUGCGACAGGGAGAGAGUGGAGGCAGAGGCCAGAGUCGCCAAGGCCGAGGAGGAUGCCAACACACUGCGAGUCACCAGGGCCACAGAGGUUGACUUUGCGAGGAAGGGAGGCUACGAUGAAGGCUGGGAUGCAGCCGGAGUAGAGUACAAAAAGCAGGUUCGGGAGAUUGAGGCUGAGCUGCAUCGGGACCGUUUCUUGGACGGCCUUCGGUAUGGCCAUGAAGCCUUGUUGAGGAAGCUCAACCUCCCUGAAGAUUCUGACCUCCGGAUACUUCCUGAGGCGCCUACCGAGGAGCUUGUACUUCCCGAGGAAGAGGAGGUGGUGGUGGAGCCUGCGUCCGAGGACCAGGGCCUCGGGAGCCAAGCCGAUCCAAAUGCUCCUGCGUCUGAGGACUAG